AUGCGACUCAAGGUUGCGGUUGCGCGACCGGCCGGUGCUCCUGGCUUGAACUUCGUAACCGCUUCACCUGACGAUGACUCAAUAGACGAAGAGUGGAAAUGCAUCAAAGUGGCCUACACAGAGACCAGCUCAUUCGUCUUAGGUCACAUUAAGCACUCGCGCGAGAAUUGGAUGUCCUCGAUUCGUAAAAAAAUCUAUCGCAGCUCGCGAAAUGACAGAAGGGUGUGGGUUGACGGUAUUGCUGACCACGCUAAAACUGCCGCUAACACCGGCAACAUGACAGAACUAUAUAAAGCGACUAAAAUCUUGGCAGGGAAGAGAAGUCAGCGUAAGAACCCUCUAAAAUCAAAAGAUGGUCAGCUUAUCGUAACAUCAGAAGGGCAACUACGACGCUGGCGUGAGCACUUUGAGGAAACCUUUCGUCCCUCAGCAUUGUCUACGCCAGGUGCGCAAGAUACAUCUCCACCACCCAGGCUACUUAACAUCGACGUCGAACCACCUACACUUGAUGAAGUAGCGAGAGCGGUCUUAAGAGUGGCUGCAGAAAUGUUAAAAGCGGACUUGGCUACCACCAUCGACACGCUGACACCUUUGAUUGCAAAAUCUGGACCAGCGAGAAGCUUCCGGAGGACUGGAACAGGGACCUUAUAUUAUAACUGUGCCCAAAAAAGAUGA